AUGCAUAAUGCUAGUCCAACAAACUAUUUUCACCUCCCAAUCACCUAUGGCGGACUUGGUAUUCCAAGAUUCGAUAUCUUUGCAGAUGAAAUUCGAAUCAAAACAGCCCUGUAUCUUAUUAACAAUGAUAAUGAACUUCUUAGAGAAGUAUAUUCAGAAGGAAUCAAACACGAAAAUUCGAUUUUUAAGGAAAUGAACAGAUCAAUGAAGAAAUACAAGAUCAGACCUCAACAAUUUAACAAUGACGAAAUCUUUCCAAAACUCAAAGGAAAGAAUUUUACUAUUUACACUGACGGAUCAAAUCUCAACAACUCAACAGGUUUCGGCUUUACCGCCAAAGUUAACAAUUCCCAAGAAACCCAAGAUUUCUCAUACAAAAUUAACAGCGAAUACUCACAUAACGUUGCUGAAUUAUCAGCAAUACUCACAUCACUAAAGAUACUUCCACCUAAAUCUAAGGCAAAAAUUCACACAGAUAGUGAAAUAUCCAUCCACGUUUUGAAAAACAAAGCCUAUAACGGAAUUUUUAACUGCUUCAAGCAUGAAUAUCAACAGGUCAUUCAACAAUCCAAUCUAAAUAUUCAACUAAUCAAAGUUAAAGGUCAUGUCAACAAAGGAAACAUCAAAGCUGACGAAUUAGCUAAGAAAGGAGCUCAAGAGCACAACUAUUUUGACAUUAAGAAGCUAUUUUCGAACCAAACCAUCCUUGCCACAUCUAAUACCAUUAUUUUCGACAUCAAAAAUCCAUACAAAAGAAAAGAUAUGAUGUAA